CUCGUGGCCUUUCCCUCACCCUCCCCAUUCACCCCCAUCAAUUCAGCUCGUCACGAUGGCAAUCCACUACCUGAUCCUCCUGUCGCGGCAGGGCAAAGUGCGCCUCGCCAAAUGGUUCACCACUCUCUCCCCCAAGGAGAAGGCAAAGAUCAUCAAGGAUGUGACCCAGCUGGUUCUGUCGCGUCGCACCCGCAUGUGCAAUUUCCUCGAAUACAAAGACACCAAGGUCGUCUACCGUCGCUAUGCCUCGCUGUUCUUCAUCGCCGGAUGCGCCUCCACCGAUAACGAAUUGAUCACCCUCGAGGUCGUCCACCGCUAUGUCGAGCAGAUGGACAAGUACUACGGCAAUGUGUGCGAGCUGGACAUCAUCUUCAACUUCCAGAAGGCGUACUUCAUCCUAGAUGAGCUCCUCCUGGCUGGGGAGAUGCAGGAAAGCAGCAAGAAGAACGUUCUUCGGUGCAUCAGCCAGCAGGACAGCUUGGAAGAUAUGGAGGUUGAGGAAGAUGUUGUUACGAAGAUCAUGUAGACGCCGCUCCGGCCAGCGGACGUUUCUGUUUAUACUGUUUGGGAUGUUCGUUCGUUUGUUCUGUGCUUGGGCAAGCGUGGCAGCUAUAUUGGCGUUG